ACCACUGGCAGAGUGAGGAAGUUAAGGCGUGAGGUGACCUCAUCUUUCAAAGUAUUUGCAGGGAAGUGAAAAUGACUGAGGCACUUGUUUGAGACCGAUACAGAGUGUGAAAUAGAUACUCCUCAAGCCAAACCUGGUCAGAGAAGCACCAUGGCCUGUGCUGAUGUUGACAUGAGCAUCCAUGGAGAUGAUGACCAGCCACGCAGAGCUGCGCACAGACAGCCGCUGUUGGUGCGACAUUACCAGGCUUUAGAGCUUGUGCCGGACGACAAAGGGCCGCUGCAUGACCUUCUGCAGAAACAACCGGCUGUGUUGGGGUCUCUGCAGAUGGUGAGCGGUCUCUUCAGUUUUGCAGUGGGAAUUCUUUUCGCAGUAACCCAGGAGAUGGCACAGUCCCUCUUCACUCUGUUCAGAGUCUCCCUCCUGAGUGGAGCACUCUACAUCAUUGCUGGAUGUGUUUCCAACCUGCUGUUCAGAUAUCCAGAAUUGCUACCUAUAUCCUUCGGGGUGAACUGUGGCUGCAUUGUUGUAGCUGUAGUUUCAUCUUGUCUGAUAAGUGUCGACCUGGCUGACUGGUCUCCGAAAAAUGAUCAGCAUUUGAGGAUGGAGGUGCUUGAACUUUGCGUGCUGGGGCUCGAGAUUUUUCUCUCCGCAGUCCUCUGCUUCUGGUUCGUGAAAGCGAGACGUGCCAAAUCACCAUGAUUGAGCUGAAGAAGAUGACAUUUGAGGA